CUUUUAUUUUGAACUUUCUUACUUCCCUUUUGUGGUGCUGCUGACUUCUCCCUUAUGCUAUUAUCAGAUAUGCCGAUGAUCAAAACAUUUGAUUAACCAGAACAAGUUUUAUCACACGUCAGAUGCCAAAUGUCAAAGCCAGUGAAUCUACUUCUCCAUCUGAUGGUGGAAAUGUAGAGGAACUGUGUGAAAACACACCACUAAAUCACUCAGAUGUUGUCAGAGUAACACCAGUGGCUAAAUCGUCCAAUAACCAGACAAACAAUCAGACUGAAUUAGCUUUUUUACCUAUUGGAAGUCAUUUCAAGACUCAACAGGAUGUGAAUCCAGAUGGUGGAGAACUGGAUCCUUCAACACAAAUACAGACAGACACUAACGUGAAAGAAGUUACCAACACAUGUUCCACUGAGAACACAAGCCAAACAGAGAGAGAACGUGUCAUUAGCGAGUUGGCCAUCACUAGUACUUCAUUUAUUGGGCCUGUGUGUCGCCCAGAGCCAUCCAUCGAGCGGGAGCUUUGUGAAUUUUACAAAGAGCUUGAGGAAGUUGAUAAGGUGGACGUCAAUGCGGACACCAAAACGGUUGAACAGCAUGACUUCCAUCCUUACAGCAAGCCCGAAAGCGAUCAACCAGACAGUACAGACUUUCCUGUUGUCGUAACUGAUCACGGCAGAGCUUACAGACCUUACCCAGAUCCACAUGAACACAACCGAAAAGAUCCAAAAAGAUGGAGACCUCGCUUACAAUUUAAUACGGAUGACUUUGGUAGGGGAGGACAUCCAGAGCCGUGGUAUCCUCCUCCACCAUGGGCUCCUCCAGACUCAAGGGUGCACUUCUUCCCUCCCCCAACCUCUGAGGGUGCUAUCAUGUAUCCUCCAGACAUGAGACCCCAGGAGAACGUCUUCCACAGUUUUCAUGUCAACAACAACAGCUGGGGCCCAUGGGAAGGACCACCAUUACCUUCGAACAGGUGGCAUGAACAAAACAGGGUUUUCCAGUCACAUGAGCACCAUGGAAUCUCUGAGGAAUAUCAGACACCUUCAGCACACUGGCAGCAGCAUUAUCAUGAAAAAGACCAAUAUCAGCAUUAUAAUAACACUGCUUUGGUGCUCAUAUUGUUGAGGGGAGUCCCAGGAUCUGGAAAAUCCACUUUGGCCAGAGAGCUCCUGUCCACUGGUCCCAGUGGAGUAAUACUGAGCACAGAUGACUACUUUUUCCAAGACAACAGAUAUGAAUUUGAUUCCGCUCUGCUUGGUAAUGCGCACGACUGGAACCAGAAGAGAGCCGAGCAGGCGAUGUUGGAGGGCCGCUCACCCGUUAUCAUCGACAACACUAAUGUUAAAGCCUGGGAAAUGAAGCCUUAUGUUCAAAUGGCUUUAGACAACGGAUACAGAGUGGACUUUCUUGAGCCAGAUACCCGCUGGAAAUGUGAUCCUGCCCAGUUAGAAAAGAGGAACAAGCACGGAGUCCCUCGAGAAACAAUAGCAAAGAUGCUGGAUGGUUUCGAGCGGCCGGUGAAUGUUGACAUUGUGAUGAAUUCUGUGGUGCCUCCCCAUAAAAAGAAAAGCCACUAACAUAGAACCGAUGACAUUUAGCUGUUCUUCAAAUAGAAAUAUUGUCAUGUUAUCAUUCUGAAUGAUAGUGGGUUUAUAUAUAUAUAUAUAUAUAUAUAUAUAUAUAUAUAUAUAUAUAUAUAUAUAUAUAUAUAUAUAUAUACACACAUUUUAAUUAUUUUAAUACAUACUGAUGCAGCUAAAGAUGUUUUAAUGACUGUAGGGUGAUUUAUAAUUAUUUUAGCUAAUAAUUAUCAUUUAUAAUCAUCCUUAUUAUUGAUUCAUAUUAAUAAUUUAGCUAAAUAUUUUUUAAUGACCAUUAGCUGAAUUAUUUCAAUUAUUAUUUGAAAUACUAAAAAUAUUUUAGAAAAGAAAGAGAAUUUCUUUUUUUUAAAAGUAUCACUUUCUUUGUAUUUCCUGUAAUUAUUCUUAGUGCACAUGAAAAUGUUUUUUGCUGUUCUAGUUUUGUCCGUUGUAAUAUAAAAAUGUAAAUCAUAUAUUACCACAUUGAUAAGUGUGAAACAUUGGUAGGAUAAGACCAUUGGAGUCUAAUAAAUCUCUCGACUUUUAGACAGUCUGACACAUCAAACUAAUGCUGAGGUCCCAGAUAGAAGACAAAAUAUAAAAUAUUAUAUGUAGUGACAUGCUGAAUUAGAAGCAUUUUUUAAGCAUUCUAUGUCUCUCUUUUUUUCUUUUUCUUCAAAAGGCCGGCAGCUUAAAUCUAGACACUGAUCUGAUCUCAGGGUUUACAUUUUAUGAACAUGCUGUAUAUUGUUGAUGCCUCAUGUACCAAAUAAGACACUGUUUUCUGAAGUGCUGAAUAUUUUUGUAAAUAAAAGGUGAUUUGUUUUGAUAAAA